CGCAGACUCGCCGUCAGAAUCAAGCCGCGCGCGCUCGAGUCAACUUCGUCCGAUCCCCGAUCUGUAGAACUUUGGCGAAGAGAACACCAACCUCCCUGUGGAGAUCAGCACCUGUUGCAACAGACCGUGUGUGUGUGUUUGUGUGUUGUUCUAGUGAGAGUUUUCAAGUCCUGGCCCGCAGGUGUUGGCUGGUGCGUUUAGCUAUUAGGAGGUGUACACGGUGUGGAGUUCCUACUUCCCGGUCGCGCGAAGCGAUAUGUGUGUGACGACACUUUGGUGACGUCCGUGCAGGAAACAAUUGUGGCUGUGAAGAGUAAGGGUGUCUAUUGUUUGUUGAUGGCCUGUUGGUGAAUCAAUUCAGUGGCAGUGUUUCUGCUUUUGUACUUGAAAGAAGAACGACGCUGUGUUGUCUGUGGCGAACGUGAUUUGUAUCCACAUAGCUUAAAGUUCCCGUGCCGAGCAAUUUGCCUUGUCAGAUGUAAUUGUAGUCACCGUAGAAAUAAGUUCUGUAACACCGCCUCCCAGUGAUAACAAAGUGCCCGGAGCAACAACCCGCGAUCGGUUACCCAUUUUUCCUCAAAUAUGCCCGUUUUGGGCGUACUUUCGCCUUGAGUGUGACAAAAAAAAAUCAAUAAUUCAUAGCCCACUCGCGAAAGUCGAAAGUCUCAAAAUGCACUCAACCGUUGUGCUGCUCGCAGCACUGCUGCUGCCCGCCGUGCCAAGUUUCGCACAAAAUGACCCCACGGAACUACCGCCGGUCAACACUCCGGCCAACCUCAACAACGAGACCGAGCUCAUCGACGCCAACGAGCUCACCAAGGCAUACGAAAGCACCCUAGCAAGCGAGUCCACCAGUAGUAGUUCAACGACAACCACUUCUUCAACAACUCCGCAACCAUCGUCAACGACAACCCACAACUCGAGCGAUGUGGGCAACUCCACCGAGCCGAUGACCCAGGAGGAGAUCCAGCGGCUGCUGCUUCCGCCGGCCAAGAUCGAGGCCAGCAUUGCGCACCUCGAAGACGCCACCGACGAGGCCGGCGGAGACUCGACAGUCAACGGCGUGCCGAGCGAGAAGAGUGUCAAGGAUCCCAACUGCCCCUCGCUGGAGAACGCAAGCGCCCUCUCGCAGACGCAGCUUCUGUCGGCGUUGACUCACGGCUGCCGGUACGACCGUCUGGAGCGCCCGAUGGCUUAUGCGGACAACGGCACCAAACUCCCAGUGGAAGUGUUUGCCCGAGCUUACAUUUACUUCCUCCAAAACUUGGAGGCCCAUGACUUGCAAUUCAAAAUCCACGCCCUGCUCCAGCUGCGCUACGUCGACUCGCGGCUCGUGUUCAAAAAGGUCGCCCCCAACCGGACGGAGCCCAUCAUGGGCGAGCAGUCGCUGCGGGACGUGCUGUGGGUGCCGCACGUGUUCCUCGCCAACGAGCGCAGCUCCGACAUCCUCGGCACGGCCGAAAAGGACAUCCUGACGUCGGUGUCGCCGGACGGCACCGUCAUCAUCUCGACCCGCAUCAGCGCCACGCUGUACUGCUGGAUGAACCUGCAAAAGUUCCCCUUCGACGAGCAGCACUGCUCGACGGUGCUGGAGAGCUGGAUGUACAACCAGGAAGAUCUGGUCCUGAAGUGGGAGAAGAAAUCACCGGUUACGUUGGCGCCGGAACUUCACCUGACGGAGUACGUUCUGCUGAGUAUGUUUACGAAUGAAACGAUGAUCAACGCCGACUUGAGCGACCUCCGACAUGGUGCCUUUGCCGGUAACUACAGCUCGCUGAGCUUCACGGUACAUCUGGCCCGCGAGAUGGGAUUCUACCUGAUGGAUUACUUCAUCCCAUCGAUUAUGUUGGUCACCAUUUCGUGGGUCACGUUCUGGCUACAAGCAGAUCAAUCGGCACCCCGAAUCACGCUCGGAACGAGCACCAUGCUGACGUUCAUCACGCUCGCCUCAGCCCAGGGCAAAACCCUGCCCAAGGUCAGCUACAUCAAAGCGUCCGAGAUCUGGUUCCUCGGCUGUACGGGAUUCAUUUUCGGAAGUUUGGUCGAGUUUGCCUUCGUCAACACCAUCUGGCGGCGAAAGAAGAACGUCGAGCUGAAGAAGAAGAACAGCAAGUACAUCUUCAAGUCGCUGACUCCGCUGCCCUCGCGCAAAGACUUGGGUGGCCUCCAAAAGUCUCACUCCUGCACCAGCCUGGACGGACAAGCCACCGUGACUGCGACCUCCAACAGCUUCAACAACUAUCUGACCGUCCACUCCUUCCCCUCGAAGACCAACAUCCCGGCCAUCACGACGUCCAGCGUGGACAGCAACAGCCGCAACGGGGACAUCUCGAUCCGCGUCGAGGACACCACCCUGAUGGGCGGCGACACCAAGAAGCUCAACCCGGGCGACGCGUCCGGCGUCAACGGCAACGGCUGGACCACGAUGACGCCGCAGGAGAUUGCCAUCUGGAUCGACAAGCGGUCCCGGUUCGUGUUCCCCAUUUGCUUUCUCAUCUUCAACGUGUUUUACUGGACGUUCGUGUACGUCGUGUAGAGCACAAAAAGUGAUUCCGAAUAUCAUAGGCAGAGGACAGAGGUUCGCGCGGCAAGGGAUUGGAAAGCUUGUUGAUUUGACUUUGAGUAUAACAGUUGAUGCUUAAACAGUGCCCCCCCAAAACUAAAGCAAUAGCGAGUAAGAAACAAACGAAUGUGCAAGCAAAUGAAUAGUCAAUUUAUGUUUAACGUGCCCUACUAGUGAUAGGUGUAAACACUGUGUAAAUCUUGUAUUUUAUAAUAAAUUAUUUUUUUAUCGAUGACAUUCCAGAACAAAA